UUAAAAUAAGGUACCGUUGGAUUCGCCAUUUUUCAUCAAAUCUAACGGAUUUUGUUGCAAAGCUCUAUCAUCACCAAGAAUGCAAUGGCGCGGGGGAUGGCAGCCCCCGUAAGUGCGUUCUAUAGGUUGCGUUCUAGGAUGGGAAAAUCGCACUUGCGGGCGAGGGUUAAUAUCAGGGCCCAUGUUUUUUUCGAUAACCACUCCCACUUGGCUAUCUCAACUUAAUUUUCAUGUAAAGGUGGGAUAAUCACUUUAACGAUUAACAACUACAACCGACAAAGAAAAAGCGUGAUGGAAAAUCGAAAUGCUCAUUUCUUUUGUGCUUUUGCAGGGACGCAACGACUUUCUGUGAUCAUUACUGUACUUGCCCUUCAUGCUUUUAGCGGGCUGGGUACAAUUGUUUUAAUUCAUGCCACUGAUUUAAUUAUACCAUCAUCCGUCACCAUUCUCGUUCUCGUUAUUGAGUUCUCUGCCAAGUGCCAGAGCGGCUUAGCGCCUGAGAGACACGCGCUCCCCUAGCGCAAUAUGUAGCCGUUCUUUUUUACCUAUAGAGCUCAACAGUCAACAUGAAUAAGUCACAGUCACUUAGCAAAUCAUUUCUUAAUUGUCUUAGUAGGCAGCGCAACAAAACAGCGUUUUUUAGAGUUGUCUUGCAUUAUGAGCUUGUCAGUUGCGAAAUGAUGCGGGCACACAUCUAUAUUCCACACGAACCUGCUUCAGAAAACUGGUUUAUUCUUAUCUGAAGAGUGGAGGAGACGCCUCAAAACAAACGCCUCUGAUUGGCCUGUGUUUAGGUGUGUGUCGCUCGGAACCCAGUAUAAAAGCAGUUUUCAUCUUCAACCAGGCAUCAUUAUCAUCAGCUCAAACUACCUCACAGCUCAUUAUGAAGUGCAUUGUGCUGUUGUUUGCUGUGAUCUCCUGCGCCUCGGCGUACUACUUCAUCACCCCGAAUACCUACUACGGCGGCGUUAGCCCCUACAUCUGGAGAAAGAAGCGGUCUGCCCCUGAGGCCCCGGCUGAAGACCAGCAAGCAGACCCUGCCCUGCUCUACAACAGCUAUCUUGGCUACCCCUACUCUUCGUACAUCCACUAUCUGAAGAAACGUGAGGCCCCGGCUGAAGAUCAGCAGGCGGACCCUGCUCUGUACUUAAACAGCUACUACGGCUACCCUUACUCUUCUUGGGCCCACUACCUGAAGAAGCGCGAGGCCCCGGCCGAAGACCAGCAGGCUGAUUCGGUCAUGUUCUACAAGAGCUACUAUGGCUACCCCUACUCUUCGUACAUCCACUACCUGAAGAAGCGCGAGGCCCCUGCCGAGGACCAGCAGGCUGAUUCGGCCAUGAUUUACAGAAGCUACUAUGGCUACCCGUACUCUUCUUGGGCCCGCUAUUUCAAGUAGAUUGUUCUGUCACCCGGGAUUGAUUCUGCCCCCCCCCCCCCAACGGAUUAUCCUUCUGAUCGCUGCCGACCGCAACAGGUAUCAUGAUGGUUCAAGUUGACUUGUUUGGCGUUAAGAGUGGCAUUAAGUUGUGCUUGUCAAUUGUGUCGACGAUUCUCGCCUUGUUUAUAAUACAACAUUCAAGC